CAAAUAUCAUCAUAAUACAAGCUGGAAUGUGAAAAUUACGUAAUCGAUUAUAAGCAAAAUAAAGUAGAGAGACCUCCAAAAAUUUUGCAGCCAAGUCUCUCCGUCUCCGUGUUGUGAAGCUUUGAGAGACCAUCUUCGAUCACAAUUCCAAAUUUCUGUCAGAUUCCAACAUCCAGAGGAAGGAAGGAAGGAAAGAGAGAAACAAUGAACAUCUUCUCCAAGAAACCUAAUCCCAGAGAAGUGCUUAGGGAGAGUAAGAGAGAGAUGACUCAAGCUACUAGAGGAAUCGAAAAGGAAAUCUCUUCUCUGCAAUCAGAAGAGAAAAAGCUCCUUCUCGAGAUCAAAAGAACUGCUAAAACAGGGAAUGAGGGAGCCACCAAGACUCUUGCUCGGCAAUUGAUCCGGCUAAGGCAGCAGAUAGCUAACUUACAAGGUAGCCGAGCUCAACUGCGAGGCAUAGCCACUCAUACACAGGCUAUGCAUGCACAUACUUCGGUUGCUGCAGGAAUCCAAGGUGCCACUAAGGCAAUGACAGCUAUGAGCAAGAAUAUGGAUCCAGCAAAACAGGCUAAGGUUAUGAGAGAAUUCCAAAAGCAGUCUGCGCAAAUGGACAUGACUACUGAGAUGAUGUCAGAUUCCAUAGAUGAUGCUUUAGACAAUGACGAGGCUGAAGACGAAACAGAGGAUCUGACCAACCAGGUUCUUGAUGAAAUCGGCAUUGAUAUCGCAUCACAGUUAUCAUCUGCUCCAAAAGGUAAAAUUGGGAGAAAGAAUGCAGAAGAUGUCAGCAGCAGUUCUGAAAUCGAUGAACUGGAGAAGCGUUUGGCGGCGCUUAGAUAGAAAGAAAGAGGUGACAUGAGCUUGAAGAAGACGGUCCACACCAAAUAAAAACAUUCAUUACAUUCACUCUUCAUUCAAUGUGUCCUUUUUACAGCUUGAAUUUCGAGAUAUGUAAACAGUUAAACAAAUAUUAGUGAUUAUAUUUUCCUGUGGACCUU